ACUGUCCUGCGGGGCCGUGACUGUGAGAGACGGCAGAGAAUGAAGUCUUCUUCUUCAGCACUGUCAUCGAUCCUCCACAGCCCCAAGACCCAUCUCAGUCUCAGUCCAAGCUCGCAUCUUUCACGCUCCGUUAGUGUCUUCUCCAAGCCCCUGUCUCCGUCUUCGAAUCGAAUCGACGCCCCGAGAGCAAGAAUCUUCUUCUCCAGUCCCCUGAAUCUUCCCCGGAAUUUUCAGACGAAACCCUCCAGUUUCUCGACUGUAAUGGCUUCCUCCUUCAAGCCCGAGCAGGCGAGGUCUCCCCCCGCCGUGCCCUUCCCCACUCCCUCGCUAACCAAGUUCAAGAUUGGGUUGUGCCAACUGUCUGUGACAGCAGAUAAAGAGAGGAAUAUUGCUCAUGCUCAAAAGGCAAUUCAAGAGGCUGCUGAGAAGGGUGCUAAGCUUGUUGUCUUGCCUGAAAUAUGGAACAGCCCAUAUUCAAACGAUAGCUUCCCAGUUUAUGCUGAGGAUAUCGAUGCUGGGGCUUCUCCUUCAGUAGACAUGUUAUCAGAAAUUGCACGUCUUCUGAAAAUCACCAUCGUUGGCGGCUCCAUACCUGAAAGAUCCGGUGAUCGCUUAUACAACACUUGUUGUGUCUUCGAUUCUGAUGGAAAGUUGAAAGCCAAGCAUCGGAAGAUACAUCUCUUUGAUAUUGAUAUUCCUGGGAAGAUCACUUUUAUGGAAUCAAAAACACUUACAGCUGGGGAGACACCGACCAUUGUUGACACAGAGGUUGGGCGUAUUGGUAUCGGCAUCUGCUAUGACAUCCGUUUUCAGGAGUUGGCUAUGAUUUAUGCUGCGAGAGGUGCUCACUUGCUGUGCUAUCCUGGGGCAUUUAACAUGACUACUGGACCACUUCACUGGGAAUUGUUGCAGCGAGCAAGGGCUGUUGACAAUCAGUUAUACGUUGCGACUUGUUCGCCUGCUCGGGAUGCUGGGGCUGGUUAUGUUGCCUGGGGCCACUCCACUCUCAUUGGGCCAUUUGGAGAGGUUCUCGCAAUCACUGAGCACGAGGAAGCAAUUAUCAUCGCUGAAAUUGAUUAUUCGAUAAUGGAAAUGCGAAGGACGAACUUGCCUCUGGCGAAGCAGCGGAGAGGUGAUCUGUACCAGUUGGUGGAUAUACAGAGAUUGAAUUCAGAGUGAGCAACAUGCAAAUAAAUGCGCAGUAAAUGAGACUUUAUGCAACAUGUCCAAGAGAUGGAGAUGCUAUUGAGCAGUGGUUGAACAAUACGAUAUGUUUCAGCUGACGUUGCCAUGGCACGAACUUUUCGCUGCGAGACUUCGAGCCUAUGUGUAUUGGAUGCUAUUUUUCAACUCCUAGGCAUGGCUAAGUGUUGCUGAUUGUAUUUGUAGCUUCUGAAUGCGUGGCUUCUGGGUGCGAAUUUCGCUCAAUAAAUUCGGAAUAUGCGAAUUCUUCCUGGAAAUUCGAAUUCAAAUUCGUAGCUCUGUUGUUUUAGCUGAUACUCUAUAGAAGGGUAUGGGCAGGAAGACAGAAACAUUGCCAGUUGUCGGCUUUUUUUAUUUAAUAUUUAAACAAUGAUGAAAUGUG